GGAAAAAUGAGAGAGUAUUUUCUUCAGAGUUACCAUUAUUUUCCUCUAAAAGAGUAAUUUUUACUAAUUUUGGAUUGUAAUCAUUUCCAGUGGCCACUAAAGUCGGAGGAAAAAAAUAGAGUAAAUCUUAUUGGAGUAAUAUCAAGAACACGCCCACUAAACUUUCUUAGGUUUCGUUUCUGCCGCCAUUUUCUAUCGCAGUCGAGGUGAGCGGCAGUUGUGGACGGCGUUGAGACAGGAUGCAUGCUGUAAGAGUGAAGUACCGAGAGCGCCAGAAAUACAUUUGUUAUGAAGGGCAACUGACCUUCAAAUCAUUUUUGGAGUGUGUUUCCAAGAAAUUUGAAAUUCCUACCUUGGACUUAAAAGUCUAUGAUGAUUUGAACACUGAAGUUGACGAGGAUGCGUUUGCGUUUCUUGUAAUGAAACCAGACCUGGGUGUGCUUGAAGUCUGUUUGCCCAAGGGCUCAGAUUUUGAGGAAUCAGGGAGCCCCUCUACAAGCCACUAUGUUGCCAGCAGCAACAGCUCCUUUCUCAGCUCUAGUGUAGAAAAUGAAGGGGACUCUGAUGACACCAUCAUUUUGGUGCCUAGUCCUGGCCAAAGAAACAGAGAUGACCUGACUCGUCUUGCUCGGAUGAUUGAAAAGAUUCUGAGGGAGAAACCUGGAGGAGAGAGGAUCCUUACAGAGUAUGCUCGGAAAAAAAGCCUAACAGAUUCCAGAAGACGUGACAUGGUGAAGAUAUUGGUUGCACACAUGGCGAGUGAACAUGGGACGAGCCCUUCAAGGCGUGUUAAAGAGGACUACGCAAAGGGCAUCACUGCCUUGUUUCCAUACCUGGCCGAUCCCCAGGGCACUUUGGGCUAUGAGCAUUAUUACAAUCCAGUAGAUGGGGGUGUAUUUCUUGCAUGGCGAUUGAAAACUGCUUCAAAAAGAAGCCCUCGGAGGGACCACAAAAGAAAGACCACUCAGACCAAUGAACAGAGUACAUGA